UAAGUCCCAAGAGACUCUUAGAGUUCGCUGUUAUCUGCACUGCACGCAGGAAGAUCAGAAGACGAUACACCUUUUCCAUCCUCAUCUCAAAAUCUAUUUCGUUUAUACUUCCUUGGCUCCUUUGGAUAUAUUUUGUAAUCACUGAAACCUCUGCAGUCGCUUUCUGUAGUUUCCCUAAGGUUUCAGACAUGUCUUAUGUUCCUCCACAUAAGCGAAACUCGAAGGAUCCAGUUCAACCUUCCCCUUUUCCUCCUCUUCUUACAAAAUUCAGAAGAAACAUUGAUGACCUCAAAAGUAGCUAUUUUCAAGGAAAUGGAAUUGUAUAUUCAGGAAAAUACUUCACCAAAUGGUUUCUUGUUAGUUCAAAUGGAAUUGAGGACGAGGUUCCUCCGUCUGUUAAUCUUGUGCCCCUUUCCUCGGAUUCUUCUGACUGCAUAAAUGGAUUGAAGGCUUUGGAACUGAUGAACAACGACUUCCACAAAGAUAUGAUCACUGAAGAGAGCGAAGAAGAAGAAAGAACUAGGUGGCUCUUAGUAGCAGAGAAGGUUGCUGAUGACCUUGUGUUUGCAUAUGAGCAAGCUAAUAAGAGAAAGGAGGAUCAUGAAAUUUCAGAUAAUGCUAAACUGAGACUGGUUGCUAGGUUCGGAAAAAUAGUCUUUUAUGGGCGCAAAGCUGGUCCUGUGGUUGAUUAUUCCCUAAAGAACUCGAGAAGGAUAUUCUCUACAGAUGUUCCAACCUCUUUCAUACAAAACAUCAAGUCUAAUGCUAUAACAAGCCAUGAAUUCUGUAUAGACGGAGAAAAGGAAAAAUACAUUGUGAAGAUUACUGGUCCCAAUGAAAUCAUCAGUUGUAAAUGCACUGUUAAGGAAGAUGGUCGUCUCAGUAUGUACAAGGUCGAGCUUAAUCCUGAAAGGCAUUUGACUAUUGAUGUGUCUUGCACUGUUAAGAAUCUUGAUGUGAGGCUUAUGCUCGCUGGCAAAAGGAAAAUAAACACUCUCACGGAGAACGAGCUAAGUAACAUUCAAGGACUACUUAGUUCAGCAAUUGUUGAUCUCAAUGUGAAAGGAAGAUUAAGGUGGCCGCUUGGUACAACUUCAUCCGAAGGUGGUUACAAAAUAUUUGAAGUUUGUCACGUUAAAGUUACUAUCUACAAAAAGCAUACACUCGGGCUUAAGGUCAGAGAGACUGAUGGAUUUAGUGAGAGGAAUGGAACAGGGGAAAUCGCAAAAGGUGUGACUCUUAUACUUAAAGAGAUGAACACUAAGCUACAGGAACAGAACAUAGAGAGGGGUUGUGUUUUGGAAAUGCUCCGAGGUGUUCUUGGAACUAUAUGGGACUUCAUGAGUUACGAUGGCAGUCUUAUGUAGUAAAGAGCCAUAUGUUUUUG